GUUUAUUAUAUAAUUAAAUGGACCAACAUAUUUCUCUAAUGAUUCUAAGAAUCAACCUAGUGAUGACAUGUGGCUACAAAAAGAAGUUAUAAUGCUUCUAAAAUAAUAUAUAGGGGAUGUAACAAAGUUGUAAUUAUUUAAGCUUAACUGUAAUGGGUAGGGGUGGACGUUUGGGUACCUAUUUAGGUUCGGUUCGGGUCUAUUUGGGUUUUCGAGUUUUCGGGGUCAAAGAUUUCAGUCACAUUCGGAUAUUUCUAAGUUUCGGUUCGGGUUCGGUUCAGAUCUUUGCGGGUUCGGUUCAGGUCUGGAUAACCAAUUAAAAUUAUUUUAAAAAUUUUAAAAUUUAUUAUAUACUUUAAUUUUCUCAAAAUCUAUAAACAAAAUAUUAUAUUACAUAAAAAAUUGAAUAACAUAUGUCAAAAUACCUGAACUUAACAUAUAAUUUGAUUUGGUUUGAAUAUUUGGAUAGAUAAUCAAUAGACAUUUCAAAUAUUUUUUUGUGUUUUGAGUAUAUUUUAGCUAUUUUAAACAUUUACUUUUGACUAUUUGUAUAUAUUUUCAAGUAUUUUGGAUAUUUUAAAAAUAUCUUAUAUAUUUUGAAUGUUUUUAAUAGACAAUAAAUCUAAAAUAUUUUUAUAUAAAGGGGUAUAUAUCAAUUUCGGAUAUAUUCGGAUACUCGGAAUACUUCGGUUUGGGUCGGAUUCGGUUCCGGUUCUUUAAAUACUAAAAUUUUGAACCCAUUCGGAUAUUUAAUCAAUUUCGGUUCGGAUUCAGUACUAUUUUUUCGGGUCGGAUUUGGUUCGGUUCUUUGGACUCAGAUUUUUUGCCAGGCCCUAGUAAUGGGAGAAAAGGAAAAUGUAAUUGUUAUUGGUUGAUUCUUGACUUAUCUAUAGUUUCCAUACCAAAAAGUAAACGAGCACGACCUACGUGCCAUGCUCUAAAUCAGGAAUCAAGACAAACUAAUUAGUACUAGUGGGAUUAUAGACUAUAUAUAGAGGAAUACCCAAAGUAUAUAAAACAAAGAACAUCUUUCCCUUUUAAUAUCUACUGCUUUUUUCCAUAGAUAAUAAAAAAGAUCAGCCAGUUUUGUAGUUAGUGUAUUUCAACUAAUUACAGGAAGACAUAAUUAUUUUAAUUUUUGUGUACUUUACUAAAGAUAAAGAGUGAAAUAAUAUUCGAAAGUUAACCAUAGUCCGAAUUUAUUUAGCAAAUAAGUAUAUGAUAAUAUAGAUGAAAAUUAGGGUGAGUUAGUUUGUUUAUCAAAUGGACUAUAUAAUAUGUUUUUUUCCCCAAAUAAGAAUCGGCAAAUGAGAAUCAUUCUUAACAGGAUCGCCCAUUUUAGUAUACACCCCUGUGGGCAUGACAUUUGCAUAAAACAUUAGAUUAAAUUGUUGAGAGAAAAUGCUUGUUAGUAUAAAUACCAUUAAUUUGGCAACACAUACAUUAACCAAAUCAAGAAAACAUACACCAAACUAUCAGGUUGCUCCAAUAGAGCCAUGUCUCGUGUCCUACUUUUCCUCAUCGUUUCGUUGGUGGCUUUGGUUGGAUCAAUUAAUGGACUAACGCCGUGUGGAUCAACUCCCACAGCUCCUAAUUGGAAGAAUCAGAUGGAAUCCACCGAGGAAUCACAACGUGAAUUGGGAAGGAUGGGUUUGGAGUGCAACACCGAAGGGUACACAGGUGGUUCGGGUUCGGGUUCUGUCUCUGCUGCCAGUGCUGUCUUCGGACUCUUCCUCUUGCUUUUCAUGAUAUUUGGUGUCGCCGCGGGGAUCUGGUGCGUGUGUGUCCAGAGGCAAAAGGCUAUAAACGCAGCCAACAUCAAUAACUUUCCAGGUCAAGUGGUAGGAGCUCAGGUGGCUCAUGAAACUGAUCUCAAGACAGUUCAAAAGGGAGAUGCUGGUUAUAAAGUUUGAUUCGCACUUGUUCAUUUUAUCUUAUUGGUUAUGUCUUUUACUCAUCAUGCUACGCACUCUGUUGGUUUGGCUAAACUCAACGCUUCAGCUUAUUUUUAAGGCUGAACAAACAUUUUCAUCUUCUCUUUAAUUGGUCAUCAUAUGUUCAAAGUUUUUGAUCUAGAUGGAAUAUAUUAGUUUGGGCUCAAAAACUCCAACAUGUCCGGCUAAACAAACAUUUAGAAAAUUCACUUGGCCGGAACAUCUUUGGUUUACAAAAAUUUCUGUUCUUAGUGUUGAAUCCUAAAACCCGUAAUCAAGUUUAAGGAUCCUAACCAAACAAUAAAUAGUGUUUAGAAGGCCAACGAUUUCGUUUAUUGAAGUGUUAAGCUAAAUGUCGAAGGAAAAGAUGCAAAGAAGGAUCCAUACCCAACACUUGAAAUAAAAAAAGGUGGUAAUUCUCUCAAACAACCUUUUUAAGUUUUUGUCAUAAAAAUAAUUUUAAAAAAUAACCAAAAUAAUUUUUUUUUUUUUGUUGAAAAUUUUAAUUUUUUUAUUUUUACCCUAUCUUAAAAUCUCACCUCUUAAUUCUAAACUUUAAAUCUAGAUUAGUUAAUUCUAUUUUUACUUUUUAAUAAAAUUUAUUUUAAUUAUUUUUUUGCUGAGUGUUUUUUUUAUAAUAAAAAUUUAAAAAAGAUUAUCUUUGUCCUACGGAAUUUCUCUUAAAAAAGUCUUAGAUGUUUAUCAUUCAAAAAGGGAGAUGUAUACACUCGAAACGGAACGCAAGCUUUCUUCACACGCACAAUAAGUGUGGGACCAUUCUUAGUCAUCGAAGGAGCUCCCCCCAGAGCUAGACGACGCGAAUUUCAAAUUUCUACUUAACCCGCUUUACUCACUCGAAUCUGAAAUAAAUCAAUUCAAAGUAUAAAGAGAGCAGAAUAAACAAAUGAACUGAAAGGAAACAAACUUCAAAAUUUAAAGUCCUUCCCUUAUCUACAGAUUUCUUGAUU